UCUCAAAGAUCUCUCAACUUUUUCGAGUGGUUCAUAAAAAAUUCACCAAAUCUCAGACCGAGUUUCGGCGUCGAGCUAACAGUUGCCGGAAAAAUGAUCGGCGGAGGAAAGGUCUACUGGGGGAAGAAGGCGGAUAAAGAGAUGGACGACGGUGGAUCUAACGGCGUCGUCGUGAUCUUCGCUUGGAGCUCGAUUAGCGAGAAUCAUCUCACGAAUUUCGUUGAUCUCUACUCUUCUCUUGGUUGGGAUUCGCUUGUUUGCCGCGCUGAUUUUCUCACUGCGUUUUACCCAGAAAUGGCUCUAUCUCUAGCAUUUCACCUUCUUGCUGAGCUCGUUGAGGAGCUAAAGACCAGACCAUGUCCUGUUAUCUUUCUAGCUUUCUCUGGAGCUCCUAAAGCUUGCAUGUACAAAGUAUUACAGUUGAUCAUGGAUGAUUGUGAAGCUCAAAUUCAUCUGGAUGAUAGCCAGUUGGUUAAAAACUGUCUCUCUGGACAUCUCUACGACUCUGGCCCAUUGGAUUUCACGAGUGAUUUGAAUGUGAAGUUCGCACUACAUCCCACCAUACGGCGAAUGUCUGGUCCUUCAAGGCUAGUAUCUUGGUUGGCCAAAGGGAUUUCUUCAGGGCUUGACGGUUUAUACCUUACAAGAUUUGAAUCCCAACGCAGUGAGUAUUGGCAGGCACUCUACUCAUCGGUUGAAAUUGGGGCUCCAUAUCUCAUUUUGUGCUCGGAGAAUGAUGACCUUGCUCCUCACCAAGUGAUUUCAAGCUUCACCCAUCAAUUACAGGAACUUGGAGGAGAAGUAAAAGUUGUCAAGUGGAAAAAUUCUCCUCAUGCAGGACACUACACACAUAACCCUAUACAAUACCGGGCUGUUAUCUCCAACUUUCUAGAGAAGGCCAUAUCAGUUCACCUACAGAAAAUCCGACAGCUUGGAGAGAGAGCUCGCACGCAUGAUGAGAUCUCUGAGUUAAUAUGCGACCUUCAGAAAGUAGCUGUGAACUCUAACCAAAGCCUAAUAAGAGUAGCCACUGGUCCAUGUGACCACUUUUUCUUACCAAGCUCAGUGCCGUAUCAAAGCAGCAACAACAACAACAACGAUCCAUCAUCGUCUUCGCAAGAAGAGCAGAGAGAAAGAUCCUCUUUCCGCACGAUCCAACCAACGAGCAUAAACGCUCACAGCGUUCUCGGGCAGUUUCUGUUCGACUCGUGUGUUCCAAAGAACAUCGAAGGCUGGGAUAUCAGAUUUGCAGGUUCUCUCAAUGGCCAACCAUACGCCACUUCCUCCUCCCGUAAGAACUCAAAUCUUGGUUUCAAGAAACGCUUACUUCGUUCAAGACUAUGAUGAUGAACUUGGGGGAAAAGCCGAGCAAGGUACACGCGUAAUGUGAAGAAAUAGAUGUGUUUAGAGAAGAAGAGAGGGGUUGUAUAGGAUGCGGAAGAUGUAAAUAGAGUGACGAUUACUACGACCUAACAUACCUGAGAGUAAUCAAAAUAAGUCUGUAGAUAGAUAUAUAUAUCUUUUACUUGUGUUCAUAAAUCAACACACUGUAAUGUAUCUCUAGUGUAUGUUAUCAUCGUAGCUUGAGUUCCUCUGUCUUCAAUCUUCAGAGAGUUGGUUUUAAAACAUUAUCAAA